UUUAUCUCUGUGCAUGCUUUCUUGUGGUAUAGAUGUUGCUGUAUACACGUGAAAAGGGGCUGUGCUGCGAUUUAAGGUGUAAUCUCGUGCUCUUUGUGUUCGUCUCGUGAGAAGAAGUGUUAGCUGGCUGUCUGAAUGGGAUGUUGCUGACCAUUGCGGCCCGGAAGAACAUUAACGUGAUCUGAACUGAAUUACGAUAAACAGCGUAUUUUAACAAUAUCUGCACACCGCUGAUUUACAUCAAUUAGUUCAUUGUUUGUUAAUUGCACUAGUGCAUUCGCUAUAUCUAUAAACAAAUUAGUCAUUCUCUUUAAUGGCUCAGGUUUAAAAAAAAUAAUAGUUAUGCAUGGUUGUCCUAAAAUAACAGUAAACAGUAUCUUUUAACAAAUGAUUUUGGGGUUAAAUUAACCCUAUUUCAGGCUCUUCUUUUCUUGACUGUCAGUUUAGCUAAAUAGGAAAUCUGUAGCAUGUGAAAAUACAGAGGAUGUGCUUAUCAGCAGUUAGCUAGGAAAGUCCACAGUUUGGUACAACACACAUGGAGCUACCAAUUCAGAGGCGGCCUGGUGUUCUAGGGACUCCAAUCCUGAGGAGAAGGAUGGAUCGUAUGCUACCAUGUACUGAGCGUCGCACAUCCAAAGUGUGGGACCACUACACCCAGCUGAGCAUGUAUCGAGUUGAGUGUAACCACUGCAAGAGGCAGCUGUCUUUUCACAACAGUACCACCUCAAUGAGGGAGCAUUUGGGACGUAAACACAGCAUUCGCGAUGGAGCGGUUCCCCCUCCUAACCCAGCUAACGUCCACAAUCCCGCAGCAUUACAUCAACAAAUGGUUCAGCCUAAUAUACUUAAUAGCAGAUUUGCAACGUCCAAUGCCUCAAUUGAUGUUUCAACAGGUCCAUUUCAGCCCAUUGUGCCUGUUGUUAUCAAAGAGGAGCAUCAUGAGCAACUGUCAGCUGAAGGAGGUGAAAACAAACACUGCUCCACAUAUCCCCCUAGUUCUGCUGGAGGAGGUGGCACUUCAAAUUCUAUCUCAAUCCCUAAUCAAGAAAUGGACACGACAUAUGGCUUUUCUUCAGAAGAUAUCAACAACACGCUCACCAUCAGUGGUGGCAGCAACAACAGUGGCACUAGGGGUUGCAGUGACAAGCGGGCUGGUGUCUUCACAGAUUUGAUCCUGGAGAUGGUGUUUAGAGACCUGCAACCACUAUCGGUGGUUGAAGAGAGAGGGUUCAGACUGUUGCUUAGCUGCCUAGAGCCUAAUUAUCCAGUGCCCUCACCCUCCUUGCUUGGGAGCCUUCUGUGGCAUCGCUAUCACAUUCUUAAACAAUGCCUUCAGCGACAUCUUCAAACUGGCCUUGCUCCUCGCUGUCUGGCUCUCUGCACUGAACACUGGAGAUCUGUGGAAGGCUGUGGAGUUGACGGCAGUGGUCAGUCCUACCUUACUGUCAGCGCACAUUUUGUUGACUCCAACUGGCGCCUGGCUCGCUGUGUUCUGGAGACGCGCCCGAUACCAGAAUACAAAAGAAACAAUGGACUUGCUAAGUUUGCAGACAUCUUAAAAGCAGUUCUUUCUGAGUUCAACCUUCCGGAAAAUUAUGUGUUCUGUGUUAUUUAUGACACUCCCUGGGGUGCUGAGUGCAGGAGGCAGGGCAACUUAACACUCGAUCAAGAAUAUCCACAGGAAUUUCCUGGACCUAGUCAUGCUCCUGUUCUGUCCCUUCCAGAGGGCUGGGAACCAAUUCUUUGUGCAGGGGAGGCUCUUAAACUCUGUGUCCAGGAGGGACUUUAUGUAGAGACUGUCAGACAGGCACUUGCAGAUGCCCGUGGAAUCGUUCUACACUUCCAGCAUGAUGCAAAGGCAGCAGCAGCUCUGAAUCAGAAAGCUGAAGCUGCCAACAAAGGAGCAGCACGCCUGGUCCUGGAUGACCCAAGCCGCUGGGCCACAGCCAUUGACAUGUGCGAGAGUCUCCUAGAGCUUAAGUGGGUGGUCAGCUCAGUGCUGGAAGAGCAAAAAGCGGCACCCAAUUUAGCUGACCAUCAGUGGCGUUUACUACACGAACUGGUACCAGUGCUAAGGACUGUGCGCAUUGCAGCAUCCUUCCUGAGUGAGGACAUCAAUGCUGCCAUUUCUGCCUUGAUGCCAUGUCUCCAGGGUGUGUCCCGACUCCUGGGGCAAAACAUGGCUGAGUGCAGCUGUCCUGUAGUUAGAGGAGUCAUGGAAAGGAUACGUACAGGAAUGGAGAAACGGUGGAGGCUUAGUGACGAGGAAGCUUUGCUUGAAAGUCCUGCUGUCCUGUCAUCAUUCUUGGACCCAAGGUUUAAAGAGAUGCGAUUUCUCAGCCCACAUGCACGCAGCAAGCUGCAUGACAAAGUCAAAGAGCUGUUGUCUGUUCAGGCUUUUAAUGACGAUGGGACGGUGGACCAAGAAAUAGACAGCGGCUUAGAAGUUGGUAGAGGAAAUGAAGCAGAAGGUGGACCUGCAGUAUUGGGAUUAGAUGACCCACUGCCUAUCCCCACAGUAGCAUCCUUGGAUUCACCUGAGUCUUGCCCGUCAGCAGAGGAGGGUGACAGCAUUGAGCUGCAGCAGAAUGAGAACUUUGCAGGUGUCUCAUCUCCAGAACAAGUCAAUGAAAAUGUGCUUGUGGGGUCACCGUCCAAAGUCACCAGUGGCCGUAAAAGAACAGGCAGUGCAGCUGGACUGAGGGGUGACCGUCAGCUCGCUGCUCGAAUGCGAAUGAGUCCUCUUCCGCAAACCAUGUAUGAUAUUCUUUUAGGUGAGGAUCCUACUGAACGGAUGCCUGAGAUCCAUCAACAGCUGGAGAAUUAUAUUGCAGAGCCACUGUGCAAACGCAGCCUGUCACCUCUGCACUGGUGGCGUAACAAGGAGCACCGCUUUCCUGCUGUGGCGAGACUGGCGAGGAAAUAUCUGGCAAUCCCUGCUACUGGCAUCCCUGCUGACCGUGCUUUUGCCCCAAGAGAAUCUGCUAUAGCUCACAGGAGAGCUAUGAUGGGGCCCAAGCACCUUGACCAUGUCUUGUUUCUUCACCAGAACUGUGAUUAUGUUGAGCAGCUUAAAGGAGGUUCUUCUGGCCAUCGAGAAAAUGACCACAAUAGUAAUGUGAGUGGGAACCAAAGUAGAGAAAGCCUUUAUCAGACUUUGGUGUCAUAUGACAAUAAGGUUUGAGUAAGAAGCUCUGAUGAUUAUACAUACUGCUCUCAUGCAUAGAUCUAUAAAUUCGAAUGCAAGGCACGCAUAUUUGAACUGGACAGUUUUUUCGCUCAAAAUAAGCUCUUAAUGGAUUUAUGUAAUAUUUCUGAAAUUUUAAUUCAAACAUUGUGCAGCUAUUCAAGAUUAUAUUUACAGUGACCACAGAAAUGUCAUCACUAGUUUAAAACAUCAAUGACAAUUUCUAUUCCGUAUAAGGAAUAAGGACUACACUACUUUUUUUAGUGUUUGGGCUCUAGGAGUUCUGGAGAAUGGCCUGAUUAUUGUCUUGUGAUUAUAAACCUUUCCUCGUUAUGCUUAAUGUCUCAUUUUACAUGUCCCAUUAGAUGUUGUUAAAGUGAUAUGUGUUGAGUUACAGGGUAAAAUCCUAAAUAUACUGUUACUUAGAAGCUAUCAAUUCUCAUGCAUUGCAUACGUGACGAUUGCAGACAAAGUAUGGCUGUGUUCAUGCAUGCAUUUUAACAGUUAUUGUUUCCUUCAUGUAUGCAGAAAUCAAAAAUGACUUGUUCUGUAACUUGUGACAUCCAGGUAUUGGUUACCUUCCCUCAAUGUGACAGUAGAUUUUAAACUGUAAUCCAUGAACUGCAUGUCAUAUUAAAGUGUUAAAUGACACAGUGGAAAAUGUGUUUUUGUAAAAA